CUGCCCUAUGGAAGACUGGGAGCUGUCGUCGUGCACUUUCAAAUCAACAUGCUUUCUGUUUCACGGAUGAAAUCAGCCGUAUCUGAUUUUCAACUGGAACUUAUUUGGUGAUGAAAGCAAAUCAACAGAAAGAAAAAAAAAAGAAAAAGAAAAAAGAAGAAGGGUUUACAGUGUCACAGACAAAGAACUGAAGAAGUGGUUAACAACUUUACAGGCAACAUAACUAGCAUUACAGAGAGUCACAAACAUCACAGAUGUAAGAUGGUUUCCUGGUCUGGAUGUCGUACCAAGAAAAAUAUAUUAUUCUUUUAAUUUGUUUGCAGAAAAACAAUCCAGUUACUAUAAGUGGUUCUUGUCUGUGCGGGUCGUUUGGAAGUUGCGAUUGUUAAAUAGAUGUAUUGUUGAGAAUGUAUGUAUAAUAUUAUACAUGUAUUGUCGAAUUUGAUGCAUAGUAGAUUACAACGUUUGGUAUGUGUGAUUGUGUAUGUCGCAUCAGCUAAAAGCGGAGACAAAACAAUCUCAACUCAACUAUCUCAACAAUCACAACUAAAAGUUGAGAUAUAACAAUCACUCAAAAUGAGUGAUAGUUUCUGUCACAUCACAAAAAUAAUCCAUGUAUUGUUUCUGCUAAAAAAACGAUGUAUUGUAAACAAUACAUGCAUAAUGACAAUCUCAACAAAACUAUCGCAACUUUCAAACGACCCCUUAGUCUUCAGGAAAUGGGAUCUUAUCUGGUUAUCCGAUAAAUAUUCCCUUGUUUUUAUGAUUUCAGAAAAGAAGUUUGAUGUUAUGAGUAUUCAUGAUAUAUUUUUUUUUUUUGGUAAGAAAAAAAAAAGUAUUCAUGAUAUUUUGAUUUCUAACCGUGUUUGAGUAAUUAUGAUAACUUUUAAUCUUAUGUUUAUUAGCAAAUUUCUCAAAAGAACCAAAGUGGUAGUGCAAAUGAAUAUACUGUUGUUUAUUACCAUACUCGAUUGCUUUUGUAAAUUCAUUUUGAGAGGGAUAUUAAAGUAGUUAUUGUCGUAUUUCUUUCCCAAUUUAUCUUCAUUAUUGGUUUAAAUUUACCUCGGAAGAAGACAUAAAAAAUUAUUUACGUGCAAUUGUUUGAGCAGUCCAAUUAAAAAGCUUAACUUUAAUUUCAAUAAAAGAGUGAAUUAAUUUUUUUAAAAUAAUAAAAGAACCAGAUUCAUGAACUUUAAUUUCAAUAAAAAAGUAUCCAAUGAACCAAAUAAAUUCAAUAUUUGCAGAUAAAUAUUUUCGCAAAAAGUGGCACUCCAUUGACCAUUUCUGGAUUUUUUUUUGUCAAAUUUCAAUGUAAGAUGUCUCAAAACCGCACACCAUUUCUGGAAAAUGUUUGUCCAAUUUCAAAGGAUUAACAUUGUAAUAAUAAUGAAAUUAAUAAGAUAACAUAACAUUUCUAGGUUCGGACAAAAACGUUUUAAAAAAGCAAAAAUGGAAAAGAAUUGAAUUGGCUUUAGCCUGGUGUAAGAUUAUUAAAUCCCUCUUGGCCUCUUCUGAUAUCUCCUUGCUUUGCUGCUGCUCAUACUGAACUCUCUCUCUUUACCUCUCCUCUUCUGGCUAAAGCCACAAACCCAGAAGAAAAGAAAAGGGAAGCUUACAGCUUACUGCUUACAACUUUCUUGGUUUGAGCUCUUCUUCUCCAGCCAUUAAAUUCCAGCAACUGGGUCGAUUCAUUUUGUCUGAAAGCUGCCAUCUUUCUGUCGGAGAAGGAAAAACAAAAUGGAUGUAAUCCAGAUGCAGAGAACCUGGGUUGAGUACACCAAGUCCUUGUACAGAGAGGGUUUUCUGGACAGUCAAUUUGCUCAGCUUCAGCUGCUGCAAGAUGAGAGCAACCCAGAUUUCGUUGUGGAAGUUGUUUCUCUCUUCUUUGAAGAUUCCGAGCGUCUUCUCAAUGAACUCACCAAAGUUAUAGAUCAGCAGCAAGGUGUGGACUUUAAGAAAGUUGAUGCACAUGUCCAUCAGCUCAAAGGCAGUAGCUCCAGCAUAGGAGCUCAGAGAGUUAAGAAUGCCUGUGUUGCUUUCCGCAGCUUCUGUGAUGAACAGAACAUUGAAGGGAGCCUGAGAUGCCUGCAUCAGGUAAAGCAGGAAUACUUCCUUGUGAAGAACAAGCUAGAAAAUCUCUUCAGUCUGGAGCGAAAAAUCGUGGCGGCUGGGGGAUCAGUUCCUACGGAAGAGCUGAAUUUCCUCUGAGCAAACGGUGAGAAGAAGAGAAUGGGAAGUUGUUUUAAUGUAGAGAAAGCUAUUAUUCCCUUGUGAUGUUGUUCUUCUUCUUCAUGCUUUAUGAUUUCCCUCCCUAUAAGGUUUCUGUUCUUAACUAGUGAGGGGAGGUUGUUUGUGCUAUGUAUUGAUGCAUGCUUGUGAAAGAUUUGAUUGGCAUCUUUUCAAUAGAAUAGAACCUCUCCUUCCCCUCUCUGCUUCUUGAUGUUACAAUUGGUUUCAUGUUCCUGGAUUGUUGUUUCAUGUUGGCUACUGUCAUUAACAUAAUGGAAUGGAUGAUGUAACUGUUCGACCGUGUAAUGAUUUACUGUGAUGAAAGUUUAGUCGUCAGUCUCUAGUUCAACUGAUAUAAUGAUUUGUAGAUAAACCUUGAGAUGUAAUCUUGUUCGUUUGAGACCAUGUGACCUAGAGUUAAUUAAGUUCAGACGAAACUAUAACGAGAAAUCUUGCGUUCGAAGUGGAAAUCUGAUAGGUUUGAGGAUGGAAGCAAAUCAACACAUGUCUAGCUAAUGGCCCCAUAUCUCACAAAACAUACAUGCCUUCCUAGGUAAACAAAUAGCAAAAUCUUCACAAGAACUCAAAUGUGCCAAUUAUGAAUGUUGUGGGGACUCGAAAUCAUCUCCCAUCUAAACUGGGAAAGAUUUGAUUCCUCAGAAACAGUCAACUCCUUACUCUGCUGAGGCUGUCCUUCUGUCUUGUGUCUUCUGUUCCUCUCUUCCCCCCCAAAAAAUUAUGCAAACAAACAAAACAUGAAAGUUAGUGGUGGCAUAUGAUACUCCUAGCACAUGAUUGAGCUUUAAAAAGGGAAAUGGGCCAAUUCCCAUCAACCAAAUCACACCAAACAGUUGCUGGCCACUCAUCAAAUCUUGAAUGAUUUCCUCUGUUAGCUAGUGAGUAGUGAGAAUCAUCAUUGGAAGGAAAACAAAAACAAAACCUUUCCUGUCAGCUCAAUCAACCGAAGUGUGAAUC